AUGCGUAAUUAUCCGAAAGCACUUUUAUUUCAUGAAAAAGCACUUGACAUUCAACAACAAUCGCUUCCUCAAAAUCAUCCUGAUUUGGCUGGUUCUUACUACAAUCUUGCUGUUGUAUAUAAACACAUGGGUAAUUAUCCGUGUAACGGUAUUGACCGUUAUGCUUCACCUAAUCUAUAUCAUGAC